AUGUUGGAUAUUCUGUCAGAUGAUAUUAUUUGGCGAGUAUUUCGAUAUCUUGAUGUAAAAAGUAGAAUUCAACUUGCUGCUAUCAAUUCCGCCUUCUAUAAAUUACUCAAUAAGAUAUUGCAAUCAUAUAUAAAAUCAUUGAUAGCACCGCUCCUGAAACAUUGUCCAUUAAUUCGGAAAUUAGCAAUUCAUGAUGAACGUGCACUGUGUAAUGUAAAUAAUAGUGUAUUGGAAAAUUUGAUGAAUAUUGAUGAACUUCACAUUUCCAGUAACCUUUUCGCUGAGAGUCAAUAUGAUCCACUAAUUAAAUCACUAUUUUCAUUUUCAAAAUUACACCUCCUUCAUAUACAACAACGAUAUAAUGAAGAUAAAUGUCAUCGGAAUAUCAUAAAUGAACGACAGGUGGAACAGCUUACUUCAACAUCACUUAGUAAUAUCAAACUACAGGGUGUUGUAAUAACAGGAUCAGUGUUAAAGUUGCUUUGUUUGAAAUAUCAGAAAACACUAGAAAAGUUAUGCUUGUUAGGUGCUCUUGUACCAACUCAGGAUGUAUUUACUUGCUUUCAAGCUAUAAAUAGUUUGGAUCGUUUAAUUUGUCUAACAUUGGCUCCAUCGUUGUAUUCGAUUAGUACCACCAAUAAGGCAUUUUUUAAAACUUAUCCCUCACUGAAGAAUUGUAAAAUGUUAAAAUUGGUGGCAGCUUAUGUAUCAAGACCAGAUAUAUCACAAUUGAAACUAUUACUUCAACAAAUACUUCCUUCUAACGUUGAGCAAUUAAUACUUUAUGAUGAAAGCUAUCGAUCAGCUUAUCAAAUUGAGAAAGAACCGAAAGAACUGAAAUGCAAGAUUCAAUUUUGUCGUGAUGAUAAUAUAAUCAUUGAUAGCUAUUGGAUGAAUGGUAAAAGUGAACUAAUAACGCAUACAUUAUGGAAACCACCUUACAAAAUCAAUACUUUUUUGCCAGCAAUAUUUCCAGAAUGGUAUUGUGUAUUGAGCGAAGUUAUGGAAACAGCAGUGAUCAGUGAAUAUUCAUGCAGCAGCACUUCGUCGAACAUCAGUACAGCUCAGAAUAUGAAUAUCUCGCAAAUUGACGAAUGCACUUGUACGAAUCAUUCUACAUCAUGUACUGAUGGAAAUGAAGAAACCUUAUACUCAAUGCAGAACAAUACAUUGCAAAGUACUGAUGGAAACGAAGAAACCUUAUACUCAAUGCAGAACAAUACAUUGCAAAGUUUGUUUGAGACUGCAUUCUAA